GCGCGCCGGCCGACCGCGACGAAGUAAGUCCAAGCCACUGCAUUUGACGUCGCAGUGCGCGCGCGCGAGGGCGCCUCGACGUGCGAGGGACCCCGCAGCAAGUCGCAGUAGUCCGCAAAAACGACCAUGCGCCAAAUCCUGGUCCUCACGGCCCUUUGGGGCGUCGGCGACGCCCUCGUUGCAGUUCCGCAUUCCGUGCGCCACCGCAAGCCCCUGCGCGCCGCCGACGCGGAAGAAGAAAAGCCCAUGACGCUCUACGAGACGAAGGAGCCGUUCACGAACCGCUACAGCUCCGUGCUGACGAGCAACAAGAAGCAGGGCGCGAGCCAAGCGAUGCUCUACGCGACGGGCCUCGAGCCCGCGGACAUGGAGAAGGCCUUCGUCGGCGUCGGGUCCAUCUGGUACGACGGGAACCCCUGCAACAUGCACCUGCUGGAGCUGGGCACGAAGAUCCGCGAGUCCUGCCAGGCCGCGGGCUUGGUCGGCUACCGGUUCAACGCGAUCGGCGUGUCCGACGGCAUCUCCAUGGGCACGACGGGCAUGCGCUACAGCCUCCAGUCGCGCGACAUCAUCGCCGACUCCAUGGAGACGGUCAUGUCCGCCCAGUGGUACGACGGCAUGGUCGCCAUCCCCGGCUGCGACAAGAACAUGCCGGGCGUCGUCAUGGCCAUGGGCCGGCUGAACCGGCCGUCGAUCAUGGUCUACGGCGGCACGAUCCGCGCGGGCGAGCAGCCGUCGUCCGGCGAGUCCCUCGACAUCGUCAGCGCCUUCCAGUCCUUCGGGGCCUACGUCUACGACAAGAUCGACGAGGCCGAGCGCCUCGAGAUCACGCGCCACUCGUGCCCGGGCCAGGGCGCGUGCGGCGGCAUGUACACGGCGAACACGAUGGCCACGGCCAUCGAGGCGCUGGGCAUGUCGCUGCCCUACUCCUCCUCGUCGCCGGCGGACUCGGACGAGAAGCUCGCGGAGUGCAAGGCCGCGGGCGCCGCGAUCAAGAAAUUGCUCGAGCUCGACCUCAAGCCGCGCGACAUCAUGACCAAGGCGGCCUUCGAGAACGCGAUCCGCAUGGUCAUGGUCACGGGCGGGUCGACGAACGCCGUGCUCCACCUCAUCGCCAUGUCGCGGUCCUGCCAGGACCCGGCCGUGCGCAUCGGCCUCGACGACUUCCAGCGCAUCUCCGACGAGACGCCGUUCCUCGCGGACCUGAAGCCUUCCGGCAAGUACGUCAUGGAGGACGUGCAGAACAUCGGCGGCACGCCGGGCGUCAUCAAGUUCAUGAUCGACAACGGCAUGUUCGACGGGAGCCAGAUGACCGUCACUGGCAAGACGUGGGCCGAGAACGUCGCGGACCACCCGGGCCUCACGCCCGGCCAGAUGAUCAUCAAGCCUUUGAGCGACCCCGUCAAGGCCACGGGCCACCUCCAGAUCAUGUACGGCAACGUCUGCCCCGACGGCGGCGUCGCGAAGAUCACGGGCAAGGAGGGCGAGACGUUCACGGGCGUCGCCAAGGUCUACGACUCGGAGCCUCUGAUGAUGGAGGGGCUGCAGAACCGGGAGAUCAAGUGCGGCAUGGUCGUCAUCAUCCGCUACGAGGGCCCCAAGGGCGGGCCGGGCCUGCCGGAGAUGCUCACGCCGACGUCCGCGAUCAUGGGCGCGGGCCUCGGCGACUGCGUCGCGCUCCUCACGGACGGCCGCUUCUCCGGCGGGUCCCACGGCUUCUGCAUCGGCCACAUCACGCCCGAGGCGCAGAUCGGCGGGCCCAUCGCCCUCAUCGAGGACGGCGACGCCAUCCAGAUCGACGCGCGCGCCGACAAGCGGACCAUCGACGUGCUCCUCACUCCUCAGCAGUGGGCGGAGCGCCGCGCGGCGUGGAAGCCGCCGCCCCUCCGCGCGACCUGCGGCACGCUCUACAAGUACAUGUCCGUCGUCAAGACGGCCUCCGAGGGCUGCGUCACCGACGAGCAGGUGCCGGACGUGUCGCCGAUCUGGGCGCAGGCGGCGGCCGCGGCGGACACGGGCCCGCUGACCAUCGCCCAGCUCAAGGCCGCGCUCACGCAGCGCGGCGUCAAGUUCAAGCAGCGCGACCGGAAGCACGUGCUCCGGGCCGCGCUCGACGCCGCGCUCUCCGUGCCCGACGGCGCGCCGCCCGAGUCGCCGCCGUGGCUCCAGCCGGAGAACGCCGCGAACCUCGACGCGCGGACCGAGGAGUUCACGGCGUCCCGGUAGGCCACCCUAACACCGACCCUAGCUU